AAGGGGAGGGAAUUCAUGAGGCUAGGAGCUUCCCAGUCUGGCACUAAAAGCCAGACUAAAGGAUUCGACGUGAGCUUUUGGCGCAUUAGUACAUAGUGAUACUGAAGAAGCUGGUUCGGGACGUCAGUGAGGGACAGCAGGAGAAGCAACAGGGUGGUGCACUAAGCAGCAGGAAGCUAAUUAAGGUGCACAGACAAAAGCAGCACGGAGUUCUCCUUGCUCUUCCUGUACUAUCUGAGCUUUGCGCGGAAGUGAAAGCUGCCGCCCACGCCGGGGGAAGACCUUCUUUCCUGGAAAUACCCUCCAAGCCAAACCUACAGGCUCUGGCUAUGGAUCAGCAUCUCCACAUAGCCCAGCAGCCCCUACUCUCGGGGACUCCACAGGAAGAUGGUUUUGCAGGACCCUCAGUAGAGUUCGACAGGAUAGAAUCAUCUCUUCGUAGCAUCCAGAAAUUUGUUCCUACAGACUAUGCCAGCUACACACAAGAGCAUUAUCAGUUCGCAGGCAAGAAGAUCAUCAUUCAAGAAUCCAUUGAGAACUAUGGCACAGUGGUGUGGCCAGGGGCUACAGCUCUGUGUCAAUAUUUAGAAGACCAUACAGAGGAAUUAAAUCUCCAAGAUGCUAAAAUACUUGAAAUUGGUGCUGGAGCAGGCCUUGUUUCCAUUGUAUCCAGUCUUUUAGGAGCUCAAGUCACAGCAACAGACCUGCCUGAUGUUCUAGGAAAUCUUCAAUACAAUAUUUUAAAAAACACACUAGAAUGCACAGCUCAUCUACCUGAAGUGAGAGAACUGGUAUGGGGGGAAGACCUGGAGCAGAGCUUCCCUAAGUCAACCUGUUGUUAUGACUACGUGCUGGCCUCUGAUGUUGUCUACCACCACUACUUCCUGGACAAGCUGCUCGCUACCAUGGUGUACCUUUCCCAGCCAGGCACUGUGGUGCUGUGGGCAAACAAAUUCAGAUUUAGUGCUGACUAUGAAUUUUUAGGUAAGUUUAAGCAAGCCUUUGAUACCACUCUCUUGGCUGAAUAUUCAGAAUCAUCUGUCAAGCUGUUUAAAGGGAUAUUAAAGUGGGAGUGAAAUGUGAAGCGUCUUUCAAACCAUCAGUGUCUUGUGAAGAUAUUCGAAGGUGCACCAUGCCACACUGGUAUGGCUAAAAUAAAUGCAAUUCAAUAUACAACUUUCUAAGAUGAUAAGAUUAUGUGGUCAAAGUAUCUAUAGAAAGUAAAUAGAUACAUGACUUUCCAAUGUAUUAAGCACUUAAAUAAGAGUUUAUACAAAGAAGUAAAUAAACAGGUGGGUUCCUCUGUUUCUGCUCUA